AUGGGUCAUAUUGAAGUCGAAAGGUAUUCCUUUCUAGAAAUCCACUCUAUUGCCUCGCGAUCUGUUGUCAAUGGGUGGAUUCAAACAUUCGAAAGUUUAGAAGCUGAGGCUAAAGCGCAUCAGGAUAUCGCUGAAAAGAUCUCCACCAAACUGCUUCCAACUUCUAAGAACUUUAUCGCGGUUGUUGAUCGGGAUAUUAAACCCGUGGGGAUGAAUUUUAAAGUAUAA